AUGUCCUCCAGAGCGGUGAAAAGGGCGAACAAGGCCACGCCUUCCGAUAUUGGACGCUCCAUCUCACCUUCCGUGACCGUUGACGGAUCAAGUUUCUUCCAUCAGGUCUCAACUGGCCCCGGGCUGUCCGUCGCUGAACGCGAAGCCGUGUGGCAGAUCUUCGAGGACAACAUGAAGGGUUUAUACAUGGAUUCAGCAUUCGGAUGGGACCCUCCCGCGAAACGUGCCGAACUAUUCCACUUUCUAUCGCGCUACAUCCUCGUCCGUGGUCCAUCCGCCGGAUGCGAUAGCUCUGCUGAAAACGUGAAGAGUGCACUCCCUCUAGCAGCCUAUGUUUCGUUCCGUUUUGAGCCCGAAGCUGGGCAAGACGUCAUUUAUUGCUAUGAAUUACAAGUAUCCAGAGCAGCGCAACGUCACGGCUUGGGCAAACAUUUAAUGCAACAAGUAUACAAUGUCGGACAACGAUGGCGUAUGCAGAAAGUGAUGUUAACUGUCUUGAAAGCCAACGUCGCGGCCAAUAGGUUCUACGAAUCCCAGGGGUUCGUUAUUGAUCCUACAUCGCCCGGGUACGCUGAGAGGGUGGAAGUGAUCCAGACCGACGGAGAGCCGGAUGAAGGCGAAAACUCUACGAGUUGCGGCGAAACUGCGGGGAUCGACGGGGAUGAUUCAUGGGAGGAUGAAGACGAAGCGGACGAAUGCGAUUAUCAUAUUCUAUCUAAAGCUAUGAGAGAACCGUAGACUGUACAUAGCUUACAAAGAGGAAUCGAUGACUUGAGGCCGCAAGCCUUUGCUAC